UAUGAGCCAGAUUUUUUUAUAGGCUAGUCGAACAACAGUAACAUAACGUUCUACUUGUGUCAUGUGAAAAGCCAUGCUUUCUGCGUGAUAAAGACACGAAUUUAUUUUGUCUGACAUCGAAACAGGAUACGCUACAAAUCGCAAUAUUAGACUAAACUCGUCACAUGUUUAUGAUAAAUCCUCGUAGGAUCACAGAAUUCCUGGCUUCAAACAAUCGAUUCUAAACACACCAGUUGGUCUGAGGAACAGGGAACAUUGUUGCCAAAAUAUGACGACAGAGAAGCAAAAUAUUACUGAUGAAAAUUUACAAGGCUCCUGGGUGGAGCUUCACUUCAAUAAUGGCGGCAUUGCAGCCCCUCCAGCCCCGAGUGGAGGGGAAGAGCAGCAGCUCCCAGGCCCUGCUGCUGCCAGUGGGGACAUGGAGAAAAUGCUGCUGGAGGCUCAGCACGAGUCGGGCAGAAGCAGCUCCAGGGGAAGCCUACCCUGUGACAGUCCUCCAAGGUCACAGACACCUUUGCACCUGCGCAGGGGUUCCGACGUGAACAGCUCUGGAGGCAAAAAUAGCUCACAGUCUGAGGAGGACUUCCUUGAGAGACGACGAGAGGUGGAGAACCUUAUGAAGAAAAACGCAGACUGGAUCUGGGACUGGUCAAGUCGACCAGAAAACAUUCCGCCCAAGGAAUUCUUGCUGAAGCACCCAAAGCGCUCGUCUGCCCUCAGUAUAAGGAACACCAGCAUGAUGAAGAAAGGGGGCAUAUUCUCUGCAGAGUUCCUCAAGGUGUUUCUGCCUUCGCUGUUGGUCUCGCACAUUCUCGCUAUAGGCUUGGGGGUGUAUAUCGGAAGACGGCUCACUUCUCCUACCAGCACCUUCUGAAGCAGACAAAAGCAGGAACCUAUCCAUGGCUGCUGCCCUUAAAAACCACUCGCUCACUCACUCUCUCGCCGCCACCACCACCACCGCUCCUUAGCACCGAUCAAUGCUUUUGUAGAUGCAGAUAGGGUGUCAUGUGACCUGCACCCCUCCCCCUCCCCCCCUGCCCCUCGGGGGCCUGCCGGGGCUGCCUGUGUGUCCCUUCCUCCCUCAUCUCCCCUGUGAAUUCGACUAGCUUACCCCCGCUGGUUCCCAGAACUGCUUUAAAGAAAUCUCCCAGAAUUCCACUAUUGCACAAAAAGGGUUUCUUUGGAAGAGCUUGGGGAGAGCAUAUCAGAAUGCAGUGCAGAGUUUAGAGUAUAGUCAAACAUUAGGCUGGGCUUCAAUCAUACCACAUGGUCUUGUUCUUAGACACAAAUAUAGGUAUCAGGCUUAGCUUAACUGAUGUAAAAGCUGACAUUAAUAAUAUGUAUUAAGGGAACAGCAUGUUGGACUUGGUGAUGGAUCUGAAAAUAGCAGUGAUAGCGGAAGUGUUGUUACCAUGACUGGAUAUAGAAUGUGCUGAUGCAAAAAAGGUGGUUACAUUUAGUUACACGGUGAUGUACAGGUAACAUACUUUGAGAAUAGUAUAAUAUCAGAUCCAAAAAUUCCACACGAUGGUAGAUUGUAGUGAGAAGUCACAAGCAACAAAGUCUCAUGAACAUCACUGAAUCAUAUCACCUCUCUAAAGAAUAGGCCUGAUGAAUAAUUUAAAGAUGGUUCUAUUUAUAUGGAUCUGCUCAGGGCUUCAUGGUGGUUUGGUCACAUUGUGGAUUGUAUUUAGUCAUCUAGCGUUCAAUUGUGACAUUUACCCCUUAAUCAAAUCGGUAAAUAGGGUUGAUGCAGAAAACUGAUUGCCUGAAUCAAGACCUUUUCUUCCAUUGGCAGGUAAAUGGUACUACAAAUUCAGAUUGUUUAUUUAGAGAACACCCUCUGUGUACAGUGUUUGAUUAAAAACUGGUUGGUAUUUCAAGAGAUAGUUAUACUAUUUGAAAUUCAAAAUCUACCAGAAAUAUAUUCUAAUUUUCCUGUUGAUGCAUCUGAGCAAGGAAAGAUGGUUGCUUUUUUUUGUUUGGGAAUUGAUUGCCUUACUUUACUGUUCACGACCAUUUCUUUGCAAUCUGUGAUAAAUAGGAACCAGACUACAGGUAUUAUUAUGACUGUUAAAUGUUCAAGAGAACCCAAAGGGAACUUGCCUUGAGGACUGUGGCAUUUUGUGCGUGUUUUGUUGCGCCUGUCAUGAUGCUACUACAUGUGACAAUUUCACAAUGGUUUUGUAUUGACUGCUAAAUGUAUAAAGUGCAUACGAGUAUGAAUAAAUUCACUUUGUCAAUCAUAACAA